AUGCCCGCCACACGGCAAGUCAUCGACCGCAUGAUUGAAUCGCUCAAACAAGCGGCAGCGCUCAUAACUUCAUACCGAAGGCAGAGCACCGUUGCCCGCCGACUCAGCAUCACGAAUAGGGACAAGUUUACCACGACCGCUCAAAGUGUCAACACUUGCUGCCAGGAUCUGAUGCUCAGCCUUCAAAUUCAUCAAUCGAGCAAAAUCGAAAUCCUUACUCGCGACAUCCCGAUUGACGACGAUGAUAAGGCGGCGGAGACGUUCGUCGCCGAACAUGGGAGUCUUGAGGCAAUACAGCACGAUAGGGAGCUCGUCAAAGAGUUCGCACAGCAGCAGCACCUCGUCAUGGACGAUACCGUGAUGGACCAGCUGAACGCCAACCUCACAGACACUAUCCAGCAAAAUCAGGCCCGUCUGGAAGUCAUUUUGAAAGAUAACGUUAACUCCGCCGUUCUUGAUGGUUUCAAGGGGUUGGUUGCAGAGCUAAAUGCCGCUGAGUCUGAGCAGCGUUUCCACUGUGUGCAAUGUGACAAGGAGUUCACUAAUGCCACCAACGGACUCAAGUCUUGCUCUUUCCAUCGCGGGGAAUAUGAUUCAUGGGGGCAAAGCUAUCCUUGCUGUGGUACGGGCCACCCAUGUCAAUUUCAACCCCAUCGUGCAAAGCAUCAUUGUGAUUAUCCUUAUGGUGCAUUCUUCCCGCGUGCUAGAGCUAUCACAGGAUACGUUGACACUGUUGACGAAUGGGCAUCUGUUGAGGACACCAACCUUGAGGAUGACGGAGUGAAGAAGGCAUCUGUUGGCCAGCUUCUGCGCUGGGUAUCUCGUGGUGAACGCCUGGAUGAAGCAACCAUCCUUAUUAGCGUUGGUACAAUCUGGUACACCGAACCAUACUACUUCAACACGUUCACUGCGAAGGAGAUGGAAACGAUCACAAGAUCUGUUCGUCUUAGUCGGCGGACUCUCAUCUUUCGAACCUCAACCAGCGAGAGUGAGUUCGCCAUGGCCGAAUGGAUCCUAUCUGUUUCCGGUAAGAUCACGGGUGUCAGGCUCACAGCCAAGUCUGCUACAUCGACGAACCCAUAUGUCCGCGUUUGUCCCAUUGACAUGGCCAAGGCAACGAAGUCAGGCGACAUAAUGACUCUUUCCGAAGGAGGGAUGCGAUCGUACAUACCCGCCUCACCCUACAUUCUCCCUGCUACCAUCCGAGCAGGACCAGAGAUCAGCGACAUCCAGAUUCGCCCUCCCCGUACCAACUUCAAGACCAAAACGUCUCCGGCUCUCCGCGUAAUUCUCAAAACGAUGUCGGACCCACCAUUGAAAGCCAAUCCAGAACUAGCGAGCUCGAAGGUGGAUUACUUUCAGGGCGUCGUGUCCGUGUUCAAUAACAACGCUGCGGCUUCGAACAACCCCAUCACUAUCGCCUCUGCCUCUGCUUCCUAUCGCUUAGUUGGGGAUCCCACUUACAACCCUUGUGAGGCCCUCAAACUCACAGAUCGUGCAGAGCUGCCUAUUACUAUAGAGCCACGCCAGUCAUGGUCUUUGAAAUUUGAAGCGGCCGUGCCGAGGUCAGAGGACGAUGUGAAGCUUGACAUCAAAUGGUGGAACCGCGCUAUUGUUGCACGCCAUAGGCCGAUCCGGAUCAAAAUCACUCUCGAAGACAUCGAAGGCGAGGAGUGUUCCCUUGUGCUCGAAUAUGUCUUCAAGCCAUACCCUUUCAACAAAUCUGGCGCCAAUGAUAUCGGAGAGUUCUUCUUUGAUGACCCAGUUCUCCUGCAGCGCAAUUGUAUCAGAGUGGAGAAAUGUGACGCUGGUGGGACUGGCGUGGUGAAGAUUGCUGGAAAUGAGAUUGAGACGAAGCGCCUUGAGAAAAUUGUGUAUCGGGCGCUGAAAACUGGGAAGACGGAGGUUGAUCUAGAGAUUGGGCAGGAGAAGGAUUAUGGGACGUGGGAGUGGGCUGCAUGGGCGCUCAUCGACUUCUCUUGCCGCCGAGUUUAUGCCUUCAAAAUCAUGGUGAAAGAGGGCAAGUUGGUGGAGAAGAAAAGACUUGGGUGCCUUGGAUACGUGUUGUGUCCCCCGUACGGAGAGAGUGUGGACAAGCAGCGUCCAAUCAGCUAUGCUACGGAAUUCGUCAAGCUGGCCCAACUGGAACCGUAUCCAGUGCAACAGAUCGUUACGGAUGAUGCCUUCGACGAUUUCAAGCCGGUCGUUCCUCCCAAACCAAUCAUUUCUCCUGUCUCUCCUACCUCACCUUCAGCUCAACCUCAGGUUCCUGGAGACCUCGCUCAACGGUUGACUUCGAUUGAUUUUAACCUCUCCCGCAUCGCUACUGCACUCGAGAGACUUGUUUCGCAUGUGGAAGGCCAGGUGCCACCGUCCGGUUAGAAUGAUUCCUCGAAAGUACUUAGUGGGUUUGUGAUGCAUCAAUAUUCACUCA